AUGGAUGAUGUUAUGAAAGAGAUAAAGGAAUGUAAUGGAAUUCGGUAUCCAUUUUACCGAACUGCAGCAAAAGUUUUGAUACUACAUCGAAAACUUCACAUGCAAUACGUACCUCUUCAGUUGGUAAUUGGAGUGUUUGAACGUCAUAAGUUAUCAAUAACUGAAAAUUCAGUUAUAUUAGAUGAAACUGAAGUUGAAGAUGUUAUAGCAGAUAUAUAUUUCGCAGCUCGUAAAGAAGCUAAUGUUGAGUUUGAUAUUAAUAAAAUUACAAAGUUAGCAGUUGCAUGUAUAUUUUCGACGUUCAACAACAAAGGAAAAGCUUCAGUAUUCUCAGUAAAAGUAUUAUUAACUUUAAUCAGUUGCGGUAGUCUUCACGAAAAAUAUGAAUACUUUUACCAAUUGCUGGCCGAUCACAAUGCAUGUUUGUCUAAGGCCGCUUUACAUACUCUACUUACAAGCAUUUGUAAAGUAACAGAAUUACUUGGUGAAAGUGUUGAGUAUGGUAGCCACUUGGUACAAUCGACUGUUGACAGUUGUUUCGUUGAGUCACAGGGUUGUUUAGGUGUCAGUAAAACGGAAUUAAGAUUAUGGCUAAUGCAGGAUCCACCUCUACUCUCCUGGAUAUCAACGUUCAAUCGUUUAAAAUUAGCCGAACAUGUUGUUCAUCAUAUUAAAUGUUCAUCGUGCAAAGUAACACCUAUCCGUGGACCAAGAUUUACUUGUUUAAGAUGUGCACGGUACCAUCAAUGUCAAACGUGCUUUUUCUUUGCUAAAACAUCUCAUAAACAUAAAUUAAAGCAUCCAGUCAAAGAAUAUUGCACAAAGACUUUGAGUAAACAAAAUACCAAACCAAUAGUUGAUCUUAUUAGAAGUAAAUUAAGAUUAUGUCCGAUCCAAGUGUCUGCGCAGUUAGAAUCAUCAGCAUUAAAUGCAUUACCAUUCAAUAAAGAAGAAUCGGUAUUUUCUGAUAGUACUAUUGAUUCUUCUUUGUCAGCUUCAAUAACAAAUGAAAAAGUUAAUAAUGAUCCUCAAAAAGAAUUGUCGAGCAUCAUUAAUCACUUGGAACAAGAAAAUAAAAAAUUACAAGUUGAAUUGAAGGAAAUAUGCGGUAAUCGUGAUGAAAGGCUGCAACAGCACCGAGAAGCUAUUGAAGCUCAAUUACAACGAUUAAAAACACUAAAGAAGUACAUGUUCAAUGGCCAACGGUCGUCAUUUCCACAAACUAUGCGCUGUGUACAAAGUACACCACUAUUACCAUCGUUACCAGUCGCAUCUAGAUUUUCAACAUUACCUGAAUUCCAAUUAAGCCCGAUUAUCCGUCCAAGUAAUAAUGCUGAUUGCAGUAAUACGACAAUCAGUAAUAUAAAUCCAUAUGAAAUAAAUAGUAAUCUAUUCGACAACUCGAACGUUGACAGAUCUCAUGAAGAAACUAGAGAAGCAUCAAGUACUUAUGAAAAUUCUAAAUUGUCAUCUAAAAUUCAACUCAGCACUUGGAUUGGAGGAAAUCGAACGAGUAUUUAUCAAGACCAUGGUAACUUCUCCCAAUGGUUGAAUUCGAGUAAUUCUAAUUUACCUUCAUCAAAAUACUCGUCAAAGCCGUUGAACGUAACCGAUAAAAUGUCUCAUGAUGAUUCACUGUUAGAUAGCGCGCGAGACAAUACACCGUCUAGUCUUCAGCGGCCUGAUAAACAUUCACGACAUAGCAGUCUGCAAAAUAUUCAAGGUGAUUUAAAUGACAUACUCAAUCGAUUGCAGAAUAUGGUUGCAAACGAUUGUUUAUUGGAAGAAAUAGUAUAUUACGACCCAAGGCCAGAAAGUUGGAUUUCCUGGCGUAUGGUGGAUAUGGGCCGAGGCGUAGCCGAGGCUAUCAUAUCACAUACGUCAGGGCAUCCAACAUUCUGGUCAUGGGUUGUAUACUAUUUUUCUUGCUCUCCAGCCGAAAGUACGCAACCCCGGGGAAGGGGUUUUGCAAAACCGAGACGAAGCCGAGGUUUUGCCGGGGCAGAAUCCUUCAAUUCAAGUGACAAUUGUGAAUUGAAGCGUGCGGCAACACAAAUGGAAGAUCUUUUAACGGAUCUCAUUCAAGGUAUUGAAUCACGUAAGGGAAAACUCGCAACAAUCGUUUAA